AUGCGGGACAGGAGUCGAAUGUCGGCGGUGAGGUGGAGGCGCGGAGCAGAGGAGCAGGGGGAGGGCGACGACUGCGAUACUGGAUCGACCAUCGACGGGAGGAGGAAACAGGUCUGGGCGGCGGCGGGAAUGGAGUCUGGACGGCGAGUCGCCGACUGCCGGCGAGGCGGCAACCUGGUGUCUCACAAUUCGAUUUUAGAGAGGGAGAGGGAACGUGCGGUGGGUCUGCUUGGUGGGGAGGGGGGAAUUUGGGAAAUGAAAAGGGUUGGGGAAUGGGAAGGUCGAUAG